AUGGCCUCCCUUCCGCAGCUCCCGCCCCGCGCCCCAGGCGCAACGGACCGCAUGCCGCAUGCCGGCUCGACGUCUCCGGGCCACCUCGAGCUCCUCCGUGGCGAUCCCCGCAGCUCCUCGACGCAGUCGCUGGUACCAUCGCUCGCCGAUGACGAUGACGGCUCGCGGCGGACCUUGCUCAUCAUUUACAUCCACGGCUUCUACGGCAAUGACCAGUCCUUCAGGUCCUUUCCGGCCCACGUCCAUUCCUUGCUGCGCACCCUACUCGCAGACUCUCAUGUGAUCCACUCCAAAAUCUACCCUCGUUACAAGACAUACAAGGCCAUCGAGGUCGCCCGUGAUAACUUUAGUGCCUGGCUGGAGCCGCACGAGUCCCCGACCACUGAUGUCAUUCUUGUUGGGCAUUCGAUGGGCGGUUUGCUCGCCGGGGAGGUGGUCCUCAUGCCCAAUCAGAGCCCAUACCAUCACCAGGCGUUCAAGCACAAGAUCAUAGGAACUCUAUCUCUCGACUCCCCCUUUCUGGGUCUCCACCCCGGCAUCGUCGUGUCAGGCAUCUCCAGCCUGUUUCAGCCAGCCCCAAAAUCACCUGAUGAGAUCCACGACGAUGUGCCGCCAUCCCCUCCCUCGGCUCCGGCAUCACUGGCGCCGGCAUCAUCCAUAGAUUCGAGACUUGAUUCUUCCGCCUCCUCCUUCUCGUCUUACCCGGCGCGAGAGAACGACGAUCCCCACUAUGACCCUCCGUACUGGAACGACGAGCCUUUCAGAGAGCGCCCUUUUAUAAAGCGCCUCGCGAACUUUGCUUCGAAGCACAGGUCUGAGGGCAUCCUCCACGCCGUCAGGAACCAUGUGGUCUCCCACCUUGAGUUCGGGGGCUGCUUAGCCGACUACCGUGGCCUCGUUACGAGGUACAACAGACUGCGCGCGCUCGAGAACGUCGAUGAGCUGCAGGCUGUCAAUGACGGCCACCCCUCGGCAGCAUAUGCGAGGGUGCGCUUCGCCAACUAUUACACUCUGUCCCCCGGUCGGCCAAAGGUUCCAAAGUCUCCCCCGCCCGAUGCCUGCGACCCAAGCGACUUGGAUCCUCUGUCUGACCCGAGUCUCCCGGGUGACAAUGCUUCAGAGCUCGAGAAAGACUCUUACGAGUUAACAAAGGAGCCGGACCAAACAAUAUCCCUGCUCGAUGUAGAAGCAAGUAGCCAUCGUGCCUCAGGGUCUAGUAUCUCAACCCCCCGAAUCUCCGUGGAAGCCCCCGCAGACGAAGAGCCCGAGCAGCCUUCUUCUCGAGAUCAUGACGAGUCGAGUAGCUUGGGCGAAGAGGUUGUCGAUGAUGCAGCCUCGCCUCGCGAGCUCACUCGCAUUUCAAUGUUGUCUAUGCAAGACAUCGAUCCGACGCCAAUGGAAGAUGAACCAGAUCUUGAGCCAAGGCCUGACCCAGAGCUACGUGUAGAAACCGUAUCAGACGACUUGGUGCUUCCGCCAAUCCCCGAUGAGCCACAGCAGCCUACUCUGCCAGACCUGGACGCCUUUACCGACAAGGACGCUCGCAAGCAAGCGGAGAGAGAGUCGAAGCGCAUGCAAAAGAACUACGCCCAGGCUGUCAAGGACCGUGCCAAGGCCAUCCGCGAGCGGGACAAGCUUCUCGAGAAGCGUCGCAAGAAGGCGCAAAAGGACGCAGACAAGGUGGAGAAGAGGGCGCAAAAGGAGCAGAUGCGCCUGGACAAGGAGGAAAAGAAGCGACUCGCAGAGGCUAGGCAAGCUGCCGAGUACCAGGCCCAUGCCUCGGUCGCCGAUUCGCAUUUUGACGACACAGAAAGUCCCCAUGGCGUGACCGAGAAGGCCGCCACGGCAGCUGAUGGGGACAAGCCGAGGAAACUGCGCAAGUUCUGCAAUCUGCCUGGCAAGACAAAUGGCGCGCGCGACGCGACGUGGGUAGACGUGUACAUGGAUGGCAUGGACGAGGUGGGCGCGCACUGCGGGCUGUUUGCCCCUGGACCGCACUACGAGCAGCUGGUUGGCGACGUGGGGAGCCGCAUCGUGGGCUGGAUCCACGAUGACAUGUCCAAGCGGGCCAUCUUGGAGGCGCAGUAG